AACGCGGUCCGAGGUCCUGACGAGCAGAGGGUGGUUUUGAACUCCUCUCCCUCUCCUCUCCCUCUCCUCUCCGGCGCCGGCACAGACCGCACCGUCGGGCCCCGGCGUGGGACGCGCCGCCGGCAGCCCGUGCCCGCCUCGCCCAUGGCGGGGCCGCGGGACCCCGCGGAGCGCUGCUCCUGCCGCAACACCAACUGCGUGGAGCGGCCGCUGCGCCGGCUCUUCGAAGGGCUGGCGAGCGGCGUGGCCGCCUGCCCCUGGCCCUUCGUGCUGGUGCCGCUGCUGCUGUCGGGCGGGCUGGGCGCCGGCUUCCUCUUCCUGCCGCAGCGGCAGGCGAACGACAUCGAGGGGCAGUUCACACCGACGUGGGGGCCCGCCAAGGACGAGCGCGACUUCGUGCGGCGGUACUUCCCCCCCGACGACUCGGAGCGCUUCUCCGCCCCGCGGCUGCCCACCGAGGGCGCCUACGCCUCCCUCAUCGCCGUGGCGACGAACGGGACCUCGGUCCUGGACCCGGCGGCGUGGGCAGAGGUGCUGCGGCUGAACGCGACCGUGCACGACGCCGAGUACGAGCGGCUCUGCGCCCGCACCGCCGGCGGCUGCGCCAGCCCCAACCCGCUGCUGUCGCGGUGGGGCGAUGCGGGACCGCCCGCCUCGGGGAGCCUCCGCUUCCCCGUCAACGACAGCGUCUUCCUGGGGGCCGCGCUGGGCGGCGUGGAGACGGACGACGGGCGGGUGCGGAGGGCGCGGGCCCUGAAGCUGAUGUAUUACCUGCGGGAGGACGGCCCCGAGGCGCAGGACAGCCGGCGGUGGCUGGAGAGCUUCCUGCAGAACAUCUCGCCCAGAGUGGCGGAGUUGCGCCUCGGCUCCAUUCAGGUGACCUACUUUACCUCGCUGUCCAGACAACAGGAGUUUGAAGGAAAUACCAAGAGUGUGAUCCCACUCUUCUCCAUAACAUAUUUCCUGACAAUAACCUUUGCAGUCAUCUCUUGCCUAAGACUGAGCUGUAUAAGAAAUAAUAUCUGGCUUGCAAGCUGUGGAGUGCUUUCUUCCGGCUUAGCUGUAUUGAGCAGCUUUGGACUGAUGCUCUUCUGUGGAGUUCCGUUUGUGGUCACUGUGGCUAAUGCACCAUUCCUGAUUCUGGGGGUUGGCGUUGAUGACAUGUUCAUCAUGAUUGCUUCCUGGGAACAAAGUUCAAGGAAAAAAGAGAAAUCCAGUGUUAAGUCUCUGCUGGCCGAGACUUAUGCAGAAGCAGCACUUUCUGUGACCAUCACCACUCUCACGGAUGUUUUGGCCUUCUUCAUUGGCACCUGGACGGCUUUUCCAUCCGUGAGGUCUUUUUGCCUCUAUACGGGCACAGCUUUUGUCUUCUGCUAUGUAUAUACCAUGACCUUCUUUGGGGCUGUUCUGGUAUUAAAUCACAAAAGGGAGCAAGAGAACCGCCACUGGCUGACUUGUAUGCGUGUGGGAGUAGGUGAAGAUCAGGCUGAGAACUCCUGCUUGUACAAUGCUUGCUGUAUUGGCAGCUGUUCCAGGCAGCCAUCUCAGCCAGAAGGUGAGCAUCCAAUGAGCAUAUUCUUUAAAAAGUAUUAUGGCCCUUUUAUUACAAAUAAAUGGAUCAAGCUGCUCGUGGUGUUGCUGUACGGAGCAUACUUGGGUGGCAGUGUUUAUGGGUGUACUCAGAUCAGGGAAGGCAUCGAUCUCCGGAAUCUGGCAAAUGAUGACUCCUAUGUUAUUCCAUACUAUGAUGAUGAUGAGAAAUACUUCUCGACAUACGGACCCAGGGUCAUGGUUGUCAUUACUGAGAGCGUAGAUUACUGGAAUGAGACGGUGCGUCUUGGCAUUGAGAGCUGUGCACAGAAUUUAGAGAACAUUUCCUAUGUAGAUAAGAACCUCUCAGAGUCAUGGCUGAGGGUAUACACAGAACUUGCCAAAAGGGGGUUGAUAAAUAUAAACAGUAAGACUGACUUCUUUAAUAACUUAACUGUACUGUUCAAAUUUCGUCCCAGUUUUGAGUGGGACAUAAACAAGACUCAGGAUGCAAUAGAAGCUUCACGUUUCUUCAUCCAGACAGUGAACGUGACGUCAGCCGUUGAUGAGAAGAAUCUCCUCAAUCAGUUAAGAGAGGCAGCCGAGCAGUGCAGCAUUCCACUGAAGGUGUAUCACCCGGCGUUCAUCUACUACGACCAGUACCUGGUGAUAGUGCAGAACACUGUUCAGAACGUUGCCGUGGCUGCCGGGGCGAUGCUCGUUGUCUCCCUUCUGCUCAUUCCUAACCCAUUGUGCUGCUUGUGGGUGACUUUUGCUAUAGCCUCUGUUAUAGUUGGCGUUGCUGGUUUCAUGACGUUCUGGAACGUCAAUCUCGAUUCCAUAUCCAUGAUCAACCUGGUUAUUUGCAUAGGGUUUUCCGUAGAUUUUUCUGCUCAUAUUUCCUAUGCCUUUGUUGCGAGUGGAGAGUCAUCAGCCAAUAAAAGGGCAAUUGAAGCUCUGUCCCUGCUAGGUUACCCAGUACUUCAAGGUGCAGUUUCUACAAUACUAGGAGUAGUUGUCCUGGCUGCAGCAAACACCUACAUCUUUAGGACAUUCUUCAAGAUCAUGUUCCUUGUUAUUUUGUUUGGGGCUCUUCAUGGUCUUGUUUUUAUUCCAGUGUUUUUAACAUUUUUUGGAAACUUUGGCAGAUCACCCAAUAGCAAAUCUAAAAACCUAGAGCUUGAGAAAUUAUAAAGACUGUUCAUGACUAAGUUUAAUGUACUAUAGUUUAUAUUUAUUAUAUGUAGAUUCAAUUGCAAUGACUGUCAGGGAAUAUAAGACAUGAAGAAAAAGAAGGACAAAAAAAUAAACACAACAGGAAGCAAAGGCUUCAGAAGAGCCAGGCAAGAAAAAUGACAGAAGAAAUUAAAACUUAGAGAUUGCAUUUGUAUUUCUCACUUUUGUGUGUUCUUGCCUCAACAUCUUAAUGUUGUUAAAUAUUUUUUUGUGUUUACUGAAUGUAUUAAAAUAAUUAUAAACACUGACCACUGCGACAGGUUAAUGGACUACAUUACAUGUUUGUCAGGAUGUGUUCACAGUGGGGAUGAGUGGACUGCAUUUUCCACCUGUUUGCUUUGCUGGUGUAACUCAUCCCAGCACUGAGCUGGAAGGCAAUUUUUGCCCAAGAGGCUCAAAUCUGGGUGUUUUACAGCAAGAUUACAAAAGGUCAGAACUGUCUCAGACUGCAAUAACUCAUAAGUCCUCAGGUGACAAAAUCUGCUUGUUCCUAAUGCAGCACAAGAAACCCUUGGGGAAGACUCACCCCAAGCUGACAUUUUCUCUUCAAAGCCUUUUCUUGGUGUCCCGUUUUCUAUUCAAAGCCUUUUCUUGGUGUCCCAUUUUCUAGCUAAGCUUGAACAUCUGGUACCUUUAAGAAGUUUGUGUGUAGCUUCUGUUGGCUGCAGUUUGCAAAGGGAUGUGCUGUAGGUUAUUGAACUUGUGUGGACUUCCUGAGUAACCACCCUGGGAGAUGCUGUGCCAUGGUAUGACAGGGCAAGAAUUCACUAGAGAGAAUCACACCCUGAUUUGGGACAAAGUGAAAAAGCAACUCCAUUUUAAGCAGGUCAGCCCUAAAACUGUAAACCCAUAAGUUCUAUUCUGUUUGUCCUGUGAUGUGUUGAUAGAGCAGAGGAGCUUUCACUGAAUAAGAGCUAAGAAUAUACAAAGUGGUCUUCUAACUUGUAGGGACAAGACAGUAGGUGAAAGGCAAUUCAUCAUUUGUUGCCAAAAUAAUGAAUGACCCAUUGGAAAUAAAUGGAUUAUGGUAACUGAUGUUUAUAAUUCUGGAAAAAUUGGUGUAGAACUUAUUAAACCAUUCAGUCCAAA